AUGCCUGGGCCAGUGUCAAAUGAUCAAUUCUUCGCACGGGUGGGCGAACUUCUCGAAGAAAACAAGAAAGCAGGACAUGGAUCAGUAUUCUUCACCCAGAAACGAUUAACUCCCUCGAAUGUCCAAAAUGCUGAGGACAAAGACCCCUUAUGGGAUGUGAACCUUCCAGGUCCUUUCGCCGUCUUAAUUCGUGCUACCAAUGGCAAGUCCAAGGAGAACAGAGACGACAAGAUCAAAGUUUCUACGGUCGUACAGCCGGAGAGCUCAGAAGAAUUCUUUAAGCAGUAUGCUGAUGUGUGCAAAGCGGGCAUGCAAGCGUUAAAGCCAAAGGACCGAAGCAAACGAAAGAAGAAAAAGGCCAAGAAGAGGAAGGGACCUGUGGAUGGAGAAAAGAAGCCAUGAAAGGGCGUGCAUGUGGUUUUCGAACCAUCCUAUCAUCUUGUGCAGCAAAUUGAAGAGAGAAGACUUAUUCAUAGGCAGUCAAAGCCACCCGCCUCGGCUGUGUUGGACUCAACAGCUAUCCAGAUGAAGGUAUCAUGGAGGCAGGGAAGCACAUCAGCGAGCACCAGAACAUCACAUUGUGGAGAAGCGAUAUGAAUGAUGAGGGGACUUGGUUGCUAGGUAUUUACACACCUUCUAUGCGGUAAAAGAUAAUUCCUUCUAUAGGAGAGUGGCAAUUACUCAAACCCUGUAUCUUCAAUGUGCCUUUUCUUCUGACCCUGUACACCUCUCUAGCUGAUU